UUCAGCAACUGACACCCACAGUUAAGCUACAAUAACAAUGGUUCUUGAACUUUUUUAUGUCAUGUUAAUACUGUGUUGUAUACAUAAUCUGGCAUUUACACAGGACGAAAAUAGUCGUAUAGCACCAUUUGGCUGCAAUUCCACAUGUGGAAAUGUUGAAAUCCCUUUCCCAUUUGGAAUGAACGAACCCAAUUAUUGCUAUGCAGACCACUGGUUCCAAAUAGAGUGUAGGCACGAUACACCUUACCUGAAAUCUAUAGGGCUGGAGGUCUCAUCAAUUGAUGUAUCAUCAGGCACCAUUGACAUCAUGCAUCCAAUUCACCGUUGGAACUGCAAACCCCAACACAACGCUACGAAUACUGAGCAAGAAGUGGUUGACCUGAGAGGAAGCCCCUUCGUGUAUUCGCAGGCGCACAACAUGUUUGUGUCAGUUGGCUGCAAUGAAAUCUCUUUCUUGGUGUCCAACGGCACGCAAGUUAGCGGCUGCGUGUCAAUCUGCGACGACAAGAAGGACGUUGAGGAGAACAUUGAAAUUCAAAAUUGCAACGGCAAAUACUGCUGUGCGACCUCCUUGCCUUUGUAUCUCUCGGAAUUUAACGUCACAACGGAGAGUUUCGGGAGUAACAACAACAAUCGUGCUAGUGAUGAUGAUGAGUGCAGUAGCUAUGCGUUGAUUGUGCAAUACUUUCGCGUUCCUGACUACAUGCGCUAUGAUAGCAGCUAUGCCUAUUACCGUUGGAAUUCGAUGACAGAUCUUCGGAGUUUGAAGAAAGUUGGGGUGGUGCUUGAAUGGGAGAUUCAUAACUCAUCCAUAAGACUCCCUCGCUCAGGUCACUGCGUCAACACUAACAUUACAUCUGCAAAGAACAAUCACUCAGGUCGGAGAUGUUACUGCCUCGAAGACUCUUACGGCAAUCCCUACAUUGAAGGAGGCUGCAGCUACGCCAACGAUUAUGGUGACAACGGCGAAGGAAACAAAAACCGGUCAAAAUGGGCUAUAAUAGGUGUUUUCUCGAGUGUUGGAUCUAUCAUUUUUCUCCUUGGCUCAUGGCGGGUUUAUAAAGCUGUAAGGAGAAGAAUAGUACAGAACCGCAUAGAAAAAAACUUCAAAAAGAAUGGAGGUUUGCUUCUAGAAAAAAGGAUGUCUUCUGGCGAAGUUAAUGUUGACAAAGUUAAACACUUUACCUUAAAGGAGUUAGAGAAGGCCACUGAUAACUUCAACAUGAACAGAGUUCUCGGUAAGGGAGGGCAAGGCACCGUCUACAAAGGAAUGCUCGUAGAUGGAAAAAUUGUUGCCGUCAAAAAGUUCAGGGUCCAAGGGAAUGUGGAGGAAUUUAUCAAUGAAUUUGUGAUCCUUUCACAAAUUAACCAUAGAAAUGUGGUUAAGUUGUUAGGAUGUUGUUUAGAGAAAGAAAUUCCUUUGCUUGUUUAUGAGUUCAUUCCUAAUGGCAAUCUUUAUGAAUAUUUGCAUGGCCAAAAUGAGGACUUGCCAAUGACUUGGGAUAUGCGUUUGAGAAUUGCAUCUGAGAUUGCAGGAGCACUUUUUUACUUACACGCUGCUGCUUCUCAACCAAUUUAUCACAGAGAUGUGAAGUCAACAAAUAUUUUGUUGGAUGGAAAGUACAGAGCAAAAGUAGCUGACUUUGGAGCUUCUAGAAUGAUCUCUAUCGAAGAUACUCACCUAACCACUGUAGUUCAAGGGACUUUUGGAUAUCUGGAUCCUGAAUACUUUCAUACUAGUCAAUUGACAGAAAAGAGUGAUGUUUACAGUUUUGGAGUAGUUCUUCUUGAACUUUUGACAGGACAAAAGCCACUAUCCUCCUUAAGACCCAAGGAAGCGAAAAGUUUGGCUUCAUAUUUCGUUCUUUCUGUUGAGGAAGAUCGCUUGUUUGACAUUAUUGAUGAUAGGGUGACAAAAGAAGGAGACAAAGAACACAUAAUUGCUGUUGCCAAUCUUGCAUAUAGAUGCUUAGAGCUCAAUGGGAAAAGAAGGCCAACUAUGAAAGAAGUCACAAGAGAAUUGGAUGAGAUCUGGAAAUUGGAGAGGAAGUUUAAUAAUGCACAGCAACAUCGUCAUGAAGAAAUUGAGCAUCCUGCAAUUGAAUAUCACCAUCCUUGGGUUGCAAAUUCUGCUCCUGAUACAAGUCCAAGCGACGUAUCACUCACCUCAGAGUCAGAAGCUAUGCAUAUUCUUACCGAAUAAUUUGUAAGUUUUAAUUUCUUAUGAUUUUAGGUCAUAUAUAUGUAACAUAAGGAUUGGAGAUAUGAACUCCAAAAGACUAAUUGUAUUUUUGUGUAAUUUUGGUAAUUGCCCAUGAUAGGUUUAUAUGUACCGUCAAUCUUAGUCUCAGUCUUUUAAUCUUCUUACUUUGGAA